CGCAGGUGGCAGGUCGGGCUCCCCCAUCUGGCUCUGCAGCCCCCAGCAGAGGAAAAGACUCGGGAGGGUUUCCUCGGAGGCUCUGCAGCCUCCCUCCCCUCGCCCUGGCUGGCCCUUACUCCUUAGUUUCUGACUAGAGCCCAGGACAGCCCCCUGGUCUAUAAAGUGCUACCAGACCAUUUGUUGUGCUUCCUUUUAGGCAGGGGAGUAAAUCCCCUUGCAGUCCAUCCCGGCAGGGUUGGAGCUUUUACCUUCAGCACGAACACGUGUGCAGCAUCAAGGCCCAGGUGAGGAUCAGGACGUCUGUGCAUGGUACAAAAUAUUGGUUGGGGAAUUUAUAUUUUUACUCUCGACAUAGACAACAUAAGUAUAUGAGACCAUGGACAGUUUUACAAACAUACCAAGAAUAGAAGAAGGCACUGAUAUUGGGCAACAACAAGACAGAGUAGUGACCAAAGAAGAAUGGCAGCAAAAAUGGACAAUGAGAAACAUUGGAUUUCAUAGGGAACAAGUACAUCCGAUUUUAAGGAAGUAUCUGGAUGUUCUUCUUAAUGGCAGGAGCAGACUCAGGAUAUUUUUUCCACUUUGUGGCAAAGCGGUAGAAAUGAAAUGGUUAGCUGACAUGGGACACUCUGUGAUUGGUGUGGAACUCAGUGAAUGUGCACUGAAAGAAUUUUUCACAGAACAGAAUCUUCCUUAUUCUGAAGAACCAGUCCCAGGGAAUUCUGGAGCCAAAGUGUUUAAGAGUACCUCUGGGAACAUUUCUCUGUACUGUUGCAGUAUCUAUGAUGUGAACAGUGCCAUUGUUGGCAAGUUUGAUGGGAUUUGGGACAGAGGAUCCCUAGUAGCCAUUAACCCAUGUGACAGAGAACGCUAUGCCAAUUUGAUGUUGUCUCUAAUGGAAAGAAGCUGUUGUUAUCUCAUGGUUACUGUUCUGUAUGAUGCAAAUAAACAUAAAGGUCCACCAUUUUAUGUUCCUGAUACUGAAAUUAAAAGUUUAUUUGGAAAAUUCUGUGAAAUCAAGGAUCUUGAGAAGGUUGAUGACUUCUCGGACAAGCACAGGGCCUGGGGACUAGAUUAUUUCCUGGAAGUAAUAUAUUUGCUUACUUUAAAGUCUGUUCCUUGAUGAAACAAUGAACAAAAAAUGUAUUAAGAUGGAAAGAAUUAUAUUGAUCACACUUUCUUUGACAUGAGCUGGAUAUUUGGAAUUCUGAAAUGCCUCAGGGUAUGAAAAGUGGGUUCUGGGACAUCUUUGUCUUUUGAAGACUUCAUGCAUUCAAAGACAAUUAACUAUACAUCUGAUUUGAUUUGCGUAAUCUGCAUUGUAAGAUUUGUAGCAUUGAAAUUAUUUUAAUAAUCAUUGUAACAUUGUACCUCUGUCUCCUGUAUUAUUUCAAAUAAUUAA